CCGCAACCUUAAAACCACUCGGCGGGGCGCGCUGGGCGGGCGCAGCAGCGGCGCGGGGACAGCGGGCGGCUGACAGCCUGGGAAGUGAGAGAGGGGUCCCGUCUGCCGGUGCCCCACGGCCGGCCCAAGCCGGGAGAGCUGCCAUGGGCCCGGGGCCCCCGACGGCCGCAGCGGGGGCGCCACCGAGGCCGCUGUCCCUGGUCGCGCGGCUGAGCUACGCGGUGGGCCACUUCCUCAAUGACCUGUGCGCGUCCAUGUGGUUCACCUACCUGCUGCUCUACCUGCACUCGGUGCGCGCCUAUAGCUCGCGCGGCGCGGGUCUGCUGCUGCUCCUCGGCCAGGUGGCUGACGGGCUGUGCACGCCCCUGGUGGGCUUCGAGGUUGAUCGAGCCGCAGGCCGCUGCGCCCGCUUCGGCCCGCGCAAGGCCUGGCACCUGGUCGGCACCAUCUGCGUCCUGCUGUCCUUCCCCUUCAUCUUCAGCCCCUGCCUGGGUUGUGGGGCCACCACGCCCGAGUGGGCUGCCCUCCUCUACUAUGGGCCUUUCAUUGUGAUCUUCCAGUUCGGCUGGGCCGCUACGCAGAUUGCACACCUCAGUCUCAUCCCGGAGCUUGUCACCAAUGACCAUGAGAAGGUGGAGCUCACAGCUCUCAGCCCUUACUCAGUCCUGCUUUGCCCGAGUCUGCACUCCACGCCCGCAGACAGGACUUGCACAGUGGAGUCUUGGGUCAGUGUGGGCUCUCCCCACAUGGAGUCCACCCAGGAUAUCAAUGAUCAGCUGGGAGUACAAGAUGUGCCAGUGUUCCGGAAUCUCUCCCUGUUGGUGGUGGGCAUUGGCGCUGUCUUCUCACUGCUGUUCCACCUGGGCACCAGGGAGGGGCGCCGGCGGCAGGUGGAAGAGCCAGAUGAACACAGCUCCCUAUUAGCUCCUGCUACUGCCCGGCCCUUACUACUCUGGAAACACUGGCUUCAAGAGCCAGCCUUUUAUCAGGUGGGCUUGCUGUACAUGAGCACAAGGCUUAUUGUGAACCUAUCCCAGACAUACAUGGCCAUGUACCUCACCUACUCCCUCAACCUGCCCAAGAAGUUCAUCGCCACCAUCCCACUGGUGAUGUACCUCAGCGGCUUCUUCUCCUCCUUUCUCAUGAAGCCCAUCAACAAGUGCAUUGGGAGGAAUAUGACCUACUUCGUGGGCCUCCUGGUGAUCCUAGCCUUUGCAGCCUGGGUGGCACUGACAAAUGAGCUUGGCGUGGCUGUGUAUGUGGCAGCUGUGCUGCUGGGCACAGGCUGUGCCACCAUCCUCGUCACCUCGCUGGCCAUGACGGCCGACCUCAUUGGCCCCCACACGCACAGUGGAGCCUUUGUGUAUGGCGCCAUGAGCUUCUCGGACAAGGUGGCCAACGGGCUAGCAGUCAUGGCCAUCCAGAGCCUGCACCCCUGCUCCUUGGAGCUCUGCUGCAGAGCCUGUGUGAGCUUCUACCACUGGGUGAUGGUGGCCGUGACAGGUGGGGUGGGCGUGGCUGCCACCCUCUGCCUGUGCAGUCUCCUCGUCUGGCCCAUCCGCCUUCAGAACUGGGACCCUGGAGCCCAACCCUGACACUGUCCCAUGGUCCCUUGCUCUAUGCAAAUUAACCUUGAGUGUGAACAUCUGAUGCCCAGCGAUGCCUGAAGUGACCCCCCCCCCCACCCCACACCCCCUGCUCCUCUGAUCCCACCAGUGUCCUCCCCACCUGGCUUUGGGGGUUGCUGGGUGAGGUCAGCCAGGGCAGGGACAUCUAGCUAGGCCCUCUGCUAUCCAGGGGCAGGUGGGGUUCUUGUGGGCUUGGGGUAUUCCAAUCCCAACUCUAAUCCACUCCCAGCUGUCUGUCUGGGUGAUUUGGGGGUGCCAUGUGAGGGGCACAGGACCAGGGCCUCUGCUGAGCUCAGCCCCAGCUCCUUGCUUAUGGCCAGGACAGGGUCUCCUGGGUGCUGCCAGGCCCUGGAGUACAGUGUCACUGCUGAGCCUACCAGGAGCCCCAGUCUCAGGGUUGGGGGGCUGGACCAAGAAAGACCCUGGCAGCAAUCAGGCUCAGCAUGCCAGGCUGGGUGCCUGAGUAUAUCUCCCCACACCCAGGCUACUGCUGACAGUGAAUAAAGAGCUGGGCAUGGCGAGGGCUGUGCCUUGGCCUGUUUGCCGGGGGCCCUCGGCAGGAGAGGGCAGUCGGUGUGCCCUCUGUGCCUCUGCCCUAGAGCUUGCUUGCUGCCCAGGGUCUUGGUUAGCAGCUCACUUUAUCUGGCCGCCUGACCGUCCCCAGAGGUGGACAGAUGCCUGGAGUGGGAGAGGUGCAUAGGGCAGCAUGAUCUUUAUCUGUGGAUGGGCGUGUAGUUGGGUGGGAGCCGCUGGUUGGUAGAGGGGCAGUAGGGUUCUAGGUCCCACUGCCGGUAGUUCUGGGCGGUGUAGCGCGGGUGCUGAGGUGCUGACAGGUACGGCACAUAGUCAGACGCCUGCCACAGUGGCUCCACCCCAAAUCGGUGUCUGUUGAUUACUGUGGGGGCCAGGACCAGGUCAGUGCCAGGCCUCAGCUUCCUGGCCCUGGGGGUUUUCGCCCCCCACCCCCGCCCAAGGGGCCUUGUUCCUGCCCCUGGCUCCCAGCCUCACCGUAUUCCUUGCCCCGGAUGGGUCUGUCUUUCCACAACAUGCUCCCCCACCGCGUGCUGGGGUCUCGGUACUGGGCCGGGAUGAUGGGGUCAUACCAGGCGGUCUCCCAGAGGCGCUGGGCAUAGGCUGCAGGGUGGGGAGAGGCUGUCUCUGCACCUUGGGCCCUCACCCUCCCCUCAAGAUUGAGCUGGUGUGGGCUGGGCACUCACCUGAGGGCAUGCUCUGCUCCCUGUGGCGGUAGCAUCCAUGCCAGUGGGCAUAAGCCUCGCGAUACGGGCUGUCCAGGGCCUUUGGGACCGUGUACCAGGCUUCUCGGGAGUCCGAGUUGGUUAGGCCGGUGUACCAGAGCUGGCCAGCCGCAUCACGUCCCAUGGGUGUGUACUUCCAGCGCGUCGCUUGCUUGAUGGCUGGUGUCCAGCGGGGGCCCUCCUGGGACAGGUAGUCAUCGCUAAGGGGCGGGGAGGAGAGAGACUGAGCUUGUGGCGCCCCUGCCCUCCCUGGGCCUCUGCAUCCUUUGCUGUGUUGCCAGCAUCAAGGUUACAGAGACCUGGCCCGUGGUGUGUAUGUGGCGGGUGGGGGGGGGCUUUCCUUCAUCCCCACUGGGCCAUGUCUGUCCUUUAGUACCAGACAGCCACCGCAACCCCCGCCCCACGCUGCCCCAGCAGAGGUGGGGGAGGCUGACCCUGCAUAGCCCAUCCUCCUAAACAUUUCACUUUUGUAGCUUUUCUUGCUUCUCUGCAAAUCCUUUCCCAGCCUCUCAGACCUGCAGGCCCUUUCCUCCAGGAAGCCCACCCUGCCCCAUCCUGCAAGUGUACCAGGAGAAAGUAGUCUCAGCUAUGGCUGAGUGAGGGGAACCAUGGGGUUGGGGACAUAGGGAAAGGGUGUGGGGGUGCCUAGGCUCCCAGGAAGACCUUCAGGGAAUCCUUCUGCCAUCACUAUCCCUUCUGUCCCCAGGGGUCAGCUGGGAAUGAGGACAACUCCAUAUUUAAAGGAGAAACCACGCUGCUACACAGGAGUGCCUGUUCUGGGGGCCUCUGGUGCCAGAGCCUGUCCCAGGCUGAGGGCAACAGGAGGGCUUCCUAGAGGAGGUGGCAGUAAAGUGCAGCACGUGCCAAGGCCCUAGGGUGGCGGGGGAUGGUUUAAUGUACGGAGGCUGGCAGUGCAGAGAGGGAAGUGGAAAUGUGCCAGUGAAGGCACAAACCAAACCUCAGCGAGAUGGCAUCAGACCAAAGCUCUCGAUCUGGAGCACAUCCUUGCAGUGCCACUGCCUAAGACAAAGAUGGGCCGGUGCUCUGGCCUGGGAGUGUGCUCCAGGGGGUGCCCCAGCAGGGCCGCUGACUCCCAGGCCCCAAGCCACAUGGGAAACCGGAGACUCACAUGUCUCGUAGGGGGUUGGAUCAGCCCGGUCAGUUCUGGGCCAUCAGUCCUGGGAAGCUGCCCCAGACUUGGGUCUGCCACUUGCAGGGAGGGGAGAUUCAGGACUGUCUGGCAGGGCCAACCCUUUUCAACUACAAAAUGAACUGAAACAUCAAAAUGCACAUGGUUUGUAAAAAGGAAUUAAAACAGUCUAACAUAA